CGCUGUCUUGCCGUACAAGGUGCUCACCAUGCAGUCUGGAAAAGUUUCAGAUACACCAUUGGAAUUCAUAGUUGAAUACUUAUUGAAAGCCAAGGAGAUUGCAGAUGGUAAUCCCAACAUUCCACAAGAGCUGACGAGUAAUUUAAAGAAGGCCCUGGAUUUAGCCUCAGGUCUAGAUGGAUAUUUAGAGGCAAUGAGCAGCCAGGAGAGUCAAACUCUUGCUGAGCUGUAUAGAAAAACAAUGGAUCAUGACUGGCAAAAAGUACAUGAAGAAGGCACAACUUUGUUUAGACUUCCUAAAGAGUGUAUUACAGGCCAUUUGGAAGGUCAGGUCCUGAAGACUCUGGUACAAAUCUGUAAAGCCAGGAGGAUUCUGGAGAUUGGCAUGUUCACAGGGUAUGGGGCCCUCUCAAUGGCUGAGGGGCUACCAGAGGAUGGCAGACUGAUUGCCUGUGAAUUAGAACCCUAUCUGAAAGAAUUUGCCAAGCCUACAUUUGACAAAUCUCCACAUGGCAAAAAGAUCACUGUGAAAACGGGGCCCGCCAUGGACUCCUUGAAGGAACUAGCUGCUGCUGGAGAGCAGUUUGACUUGGUGUUCAUUGAUGCGGAUAAAAGGAACUACAUCAGCUACUACAAGUUUCUGCUGGACAAUAACCUUCUACGCAUGGAUGGUCUGAUCUGUGUGGACAACACUUUAUUCAAGGGAAAGGUUUACCUGCAGGGCGAGACAGAUGAGAAUGGCCUUGCCCUUAGAGACUUCAACCGUUUCGUCCGGGAUGACCCCCGGGUGGAGCAGGUGAUUGUUCCUGUGCGAGAUGGCAUCAGCCUCAUUCAGAGAGUGCCGUGGACAUCAGCAGGGAAAGAAAGCAAGAACACAGGUACUCCUGAUGAGGUUUUCCGGGGGGUGCAGGGGAAGUCCAUCCUGGAUCGGUUUCGUCUUGAGGAUAGGGUGGCCUAUGUGACGGGGGCAGGGCAGGGGAUCGGCAGGGGCUUUGCCCACGCCCUGGGCGAGGCCGGGGCCAAGGUGGCCGUGGUGGACCUGGACAGAGAGAAGGCAGAGAGGGUGGUGGAGGAGCUGACCCUGAAAGGGAUCCAGAGCAUGGCGGUGACUGCUGACAUCAGCAAGCCUGACGAUGUCCAGAGGAUGAUCGAUGCCAUCCUUUCCAAAUGGGGGACCAUUCACAUAGCGUGCAACAACGCCGGGGUCAACAUGAACUCAGCCAGCGAAGACACCAGCCUGGAAGAGUGGGACCAGACCUUCGAGGUCAACCUGAGGGGAACUUUCAUGUGUUGCCAGGCAGCGGGUCGUGUUAUGCUGAAGCAGGGAUAUGGGAAGAUAAUAAAUACUGCGUCCAUGGCCAGCUUAAUAGUGCCCCACCCACAGAAGCAGCUGUCAUACAACACAUCCAAGGCAGGAGUAGUGAAGCUGACACAGACGCUGGGCACCGAGUGGAUUGACAGAGGGGUGCAAGUCAACUGCAUCUCCCCGGGGAUUGUUGACACCCCUCUCAUCCACUCGGAGAGUCUGAGGCCUCUGGUUCAGCGCUGGCUGUCAGAUAUCCCUGCUGGACGACUGGCUCAAGUGACAGACCUGCAAGCCGCAGUGGUCUACUUGGCAUCUGACGCCUCCGACUACAUGACAGGGCAUAACUUAGUCAUAGAGGGUGGGCAAAGUCUGUGGUAGAAAAAGUUUCCUUUGUUCUUGGAGGAUCAGCGCAGGGAAUAAUCACAAGGCCAUAUGGGAAUGGCUUACAUUGAAAUGAAAGGGAAAAAAUAUGGACCAUUAGAUUACUAAUAUGGAGUUACUAUCAUUACCUCAUUCUGUGUGUGUUGAUAAUGAUCUAUUGCAGAUUACAUGUUUACACCUUAUGCAUAUUUGUAUAUCUGCUUGGUACCAGCCUCCUAGAAUGUCAUCUGUUGCUUUGCCAUACUG